AUGGCAGCGAGCCCGCUACCGGAAUCUGGAUCUAUUCCCCUAUACGCCCUGCUCGUCCUCGUCAUUGGCAUAUGUUGCUACUUCUUCUUCAUAGGCACCGCCGUAGUCCGGCUCUGGUUCUACAAAGGCGCUCUCGGCCCCGCUCCGGAGAGAUUCGUCGUUGUCAAGGUCGAGCACAAGGAUGCACACCAUCAUGCGACGACAGCCGACAACAACAGCGAGUCCAAGGCACAUGCUGACGUAAUGAGAAAUCAGCGUAUGACCGUUUUUACACAUGCUUCGUUGUCAGCGCCAGUCAAAGACAUCGCACACAGUACCGCGCUCGACUACCAUGUUUUCUCCCCAGCGACAACAACAGUCAACCUCCGCGACAUCGAAGACCUAUCCGAGAUCAAGAACCCCAAAACCAGGGCCUACAUAGCCGAAGAACACCGUAUCUCACGAAUGCCAGCAUUUGACGCAGACGACUGUGGAACUGGCGAUUGGUUCCCCGACAUAACCUUGACGAACAAACCCAUCGAAUCAACUUCCACGCACUCCAAACCCCUCACUCCGUCGCAACUAGGUCUCACCCCCACAAACCGCCACGACUGGCUUGCCAUCGACGAACACUACAUCGAGUACCACGCUGCGCGGGUACACCUCCUUUCACGCAACCGCUCCUCUUGCAUACACGUUACUCCCGAAGGCGAAUCCGCAUGUCGUGAGUUACUGCAAGAAGUCGCAUCCUUCCUUGUCGAAACACAUCACAAUAAAUUCAGCUUCAAGACUAAACAUCGUAAAAAGCAUAUUCUAAAUGAACUGACUAGAGAGGAUUUCGCGCUAGAGCAAGGCUCCUUAGAGGCGCAUCCGUUGGAGGUUAUAGCGAGAUUGUGUGGGGAGGAUUUCAUGGUUUGGGCGAGGAGCGAGAGUACUAGGAUGUGGUAUUUGUAA